AUUGUAUUGUUGAUUAUCAUUCACGUCACAUCGCUUCGGAAUAGAAACCAGCUUAAUUUACACUAUGUUGUGUAUUGUGCUUAAAUUAUGGAUUGUAUUCAUCAUUUCGGUCCAUAUAAAUAAUUGUAUGGCACCUACCUACCUACCUAUAUAUCGCAGUACUGCGAACUGACAACCCUUACAAAUAUCCCAAUUUAACCCUUACCCGUGUCAAUUUACCCCGAAUGCGGGGUAAAUUGGGAUGGCCAUUAUUUUUCCGAUUAUUUCUUUAAAUUGAAUAAUUAAAAUAAUGUAACGGUUUUUAUCACCUAGGUACGUUCAAGACUCAACUUAUUACUUAUUUCUCUGGUUGAGCAGUGACUAUUUAAUUGGAACUAUUAUAAAAUUCAAUCUGAAGUUCGAUUUUGUCCCUAUUUACCCCAUUUUACGGUAGGUACCUACUUACCUACCUACUUGUCACUUGAUCCUAUCAUCAUCCUAGUUGCAAUCAUAGAGACUGUUUACUUGCCUGUGGGUGUGGGAAUGGGAAUUUAAAAUUUUAUCUCUGCUCAGUCACGCUACGAUUCGGAUAAAUCAGGCGUCCUUUAUACCGGUCACUCACAUUUGCACGAAUACGCAAACCUGCAAGUGUAAGACGACAUUUGCAAAUGAUUAUGCAAAGUUUUCGCUGCAUUCGCGGUUUUCCAAGCUGUGUCGGUUUUUUAAUGGACAUCAAAGCCCGCGAACCUCUAUCAUUCGUGUAGUCUCCCACACAUUCGUUUGGCCAGUUGCGCCCACGAUUGCGAAGGUAAGGGACGUAUCGCCAUUUUCAUAGUUCGUGACAUCUACUGUGUAGCGUACCUUCAUCAUGGAUUGGAACAACACCAAGGUGAUGGAGUUCAUUGAACUCCUGCAAAAUGAAUCGACCAUGUGGGACCCUCAUAAGAAAUCCUAUAAAAACGGAAUGGCCGUUAAUGUCGCAUGGGAAAGAAUUAAAAACUUUCUAUUCAAUGUUCUAUUGGCGAAUUAAAAAAGAAGAGAAAUUCGUGAGACAUUCGUAAACAAGUGUAGGAGGAAGCGCAAAUGGGUAAAAUGGGUUCGCAAAUUGAGUACCGAACCCAUUUGCACAGCCGCUAAGUUUGCGAAUGAAUGUUUGACGGCCUUUGACAUGCGCGCGAACAUUCGUACAAUGUACGAAUAUUUUCGCGCAUGUGAGUGGCCAGCAUUAGACCACGAUGACUUUUUAGGUAAAGGCGUAUUUGCCUACCUAUUCGUUGGUAGGUAAAGUUAUUAUCAGUCAAAACAUAUUUCAAAAAAGUAAACGGAUUUUUAUUUGGUUUUGGUAUUUCUUAAGAAUGUGUCGUAAAGGUCACUUUUAUUGUAUUUAGUUUAGUUCUACAAUCAAUUUAAUUUUCUUUUAUAUAGCGGACAUUUAUUCUUCUAUUUACAAAAAAUCGUAGGAUGGUCUGUGUUACAUUUCCAUUGCCUGUUUAACGGAUGUGUAAAAAUAUUCAAAUUUCAAAACCCAAAAAUAUAAUUUAUAACAUUACAGUACAUAGGUACAUACAUACUUGUAGGUAUUAUACCUAUAUACCUACAAAUACGAUACAAAAAAUAUAUUUAAUGUAAAUUUUAAGUUUGUAGAAGAAUGUAUUGAAAUGAUAAACGAACUUGUCAUUUUAUUUCACCAUUUUUGAGGUUAUAGUUAGUUUUUAACAUUGACAAAACUACGAUAGCGGUUAGGUACUUUUAUCAGACCUAUCUUAUUCCGAUAACCUUUAAAACUACUCGGUUUAAUUUAAGUCAAUGUUGAUUAAAAAUGUCGGAUGGCAGUACUGCUGAGACGAAAACUAACACAGAAAAUAAUACAAACCAAAAAAAUUCUAAUGAAAAGAAACCUGAUGCAUGGGGAUACGAUUUGUAUCCGGAAAGAAAAGGGAGUUUUAAGCCCAAAAUAACCAAUGUUCUCAUUGGAAAAGAAGGAAAAGAGAAUAUAGAAAAGCUAAAAUGUGAACAGAACGUCUUCAAAUGUGUACAAACCAGUCCGAUCGUUAAAAUAAUGAUGGCUGCUCUCAAAAGUUCAGGCUGUCCCAUUGAUAUCCGACGUCAUAUAUCCUGUGAAGUGUGUGACUACUCAGUCAGUGGUGGUUAUGAUCCAGAAUUGAAUCAGAUUGUUGUCUGCCAGAAUGUAUCCACGAGGAAAGGGAUGGUACAAGGGGUAUUGGCUCAUGAAAUGAUCCACAUGUUUGAUUUCUGCAGAAACGAAUUAGAUUUUAAGAACAUGGAACAUUUGGCUUGUACAGAGAUCCGGGCAGCUAAUCUCACUCAUUGCUCCUUUGCAAGUGCUUGGUCUCAGGGAGAUGCAUCAUGGACUAAGAUAAAGAAGGCGCAUGAGGAUUGUGUGAAGACUAAAGCGCUUUAUUCUGUAUUGGCUGUACGACAGAUAGAUAAAUUGGAAGCCGUGGACAUUAUCGAAAAAGUAUUUCCUAAGUGCUACCAAGACUUGGAGCCGAUCGGCAGGAGGAUACGAAGGAAUUCCGAUGACAUGUUCCGAGCUUUCAGAGAAGCCAAAUACUAUGGUUAUGAUGAUUAGUAAAUGUGUGUACCGUAAAAUUCAACCCGAUUUUCAUUUUUAUUUUUUAUUUUUUUGUGUUUAAUUCCCAUCUCUAUUAGAAAAAUGCUUAGAUACAUCCAGACAUGUUCAUUAAGUUAAUAAAAAAAUACGCUUUAGGAUUGACUGUGUAGAUAGUGUAAAUAGAUUUAAUGUAAAUAAAAACAGUUUGUAGUUUAAAA